AAAGCCAAAGCAUAAGAACAAGAGAUGUUAAAAGAACAAACCAUACGCAAAAAGAAAGACUCUUUCUUCUCCGUUCUCUCUCUCACUCUAUAUAUAUCUAAAGAGAGAGAGAGAGAGAGUGUGUGUGUGAAAGGUGGAGAAAAAAACAAAGACAGAGUUCAAAUACGUUAAGAUGAUGAUGAUGGAGCUUUUGGAUCAUUAACCAUUAUUUUUGUUUUCAUCUCUUAAUAAUUUGUUAGUUUUAAACCUUAAACGGCAAAUGGCUGUUCAAGCUCAACACCAUUCCUCCAAUCUCAUCUUCCUUAAUCACAGAAACGGUAAAGAAGAGGAACGAGAUUUCUCGUUGCAAUCACAGGCUGGAGAAUUUCUUGAUCAAACCAAUAUGUUGUUCAACAAUGGUGGUGGUUCUAAUUCGAGCAAAAGAGGAAGAACAACGAGCAAUCAGCAGUUUCCCCAAGUUAUAGACUUAUCUCUAUUACACAACCAACAUCAUCAUCCGCCGUCGAAUAUGGUCUACACAGGACUCCGAUUGUAUUCCGGCGAAGAACAGACACAAAAGAUUAGUACUCAGUUUCAGCAGAAUAGUCAAUACCGGAAUCUUGUCUCCGAUCCGUCUGAAGAUGUUCUCGCUGCACAUAUCAAUAGGCAAAGCGAAGAACUCGAAGAAUUUCUUCAUGCCCAGGCGGAGGAGCUACGGCGUACGUUAGCGGAGAAGAGGAAGAUGCACUAUAAAGCGCUUAUUUCUGCCGUGGAGGAGCCGUUGGUUCGUAAGCUGAGGGAGAAAGAGGCAGAGAUACAGAGAGCCACGCGCCGUCACAAUGAGCUGGAGGCGCGUGAGGCGCAGCUUAAAGCCGAGGCUCAGGCUUGGCAAGCGAGAGCCAUGGCGCAGGAAACCGCCGCCGCGUCGCUUCAGGCUCAGCUUCAUCAGGCCGUUAACGUACACGGCGGUGGCGGUGUGUCGGCGCAAGAUAGUAGAGCGGCGGAGGAAGAGCUAUUGUGCGCAGGUGGAGUCAGCGGAUUGGGUGAUGCCGAAUCGGCCUACGUGGAUCCGGAAAGGGUGACGCGGCCGAGAUGCAAAGGUUGCCGGAAAAGGGAAGCGACGGUGGUGUUGUUGCCGUGUCGGCAUCUGAGCAUCUGCCCGGAAUGUGACCGGUCAGCUCUAGCCUGCCCGCUAUGUCUCACGUUGCGGAACUCGAGUGUUGAAGCGAUCCUUUGCUAAAUGGGCCAAAAUUUAAGCCCAUUAGUUUGUCAAUUGUACAUAAAACAUUUUAAGAAUAUGAAUUAAACAAAAAAAAUUGGUAAAUACUGUACACACAAAAACUUUUAGUAUGAUACCAGACUGUAUUCUU